CUGGUGUGUGGGCACAGCCUGACUGGGUGGGUCCUGUCCCUGCAGCCAGCGGUGUCGGUGGGGAACGUCGGCCAGCUGGCCGUGGACCUCGUCAUUGCCACCCUUCACAUGAGCAAGGCUGGCUACUUCUACACCGACUGCCUGGUGCCCAUGGUUGGAAAUAACCCCUAUGCAACAGCAGAAGACAACUCGGGGGAGCUGAGUAUAAAUGCUGAAGUGUAUUCCUUACCUUCCAAGAAGCUCGUAGCUCUGCAGAUCAGAUCCCCUUUUAUAAAGAACAAGUCCAGGCCAUUCUGUGAAGCCCUGCUGUCGUGGGUGAAAAGCAGCAACUGUGCCCGAGUGGUUCUGCUGUCCAGCAGCCACGCGUACCAGCGCGAUGACGAGCAACUUCUUGGGACACCACUACGCUACCUACUUACACCUGAUCUGGAGAAAGCAGUUGGAGGCCUUAUGCAGGAGCUAAACUGGAAAGAAAUGGAAAAAGUAGCAGCUUACCCUGGAAUAAAUGAUGCAGAAAAAAUUCUACAUAUUCCUGGAGGUGGCAUCACAAAACUGCUGUUUACUGAGAGCUGUUCCAAAGGAAUCCAAAUGGCAGUUCUUCUGAAAUUCUGCUCAGAGGGGGACAACAUCCCUGAUGCAUUUGCUCUUGUGAACUAUCUUAAUGAAUGGCUCCAGCUAAUUAAAAGUGAAAGCAAAAAUUCCUCCGAUGUUUCUUCACAGUGGCAAAUACCAAGUUCUUGGCGAUUGCUUUUUGGCAACGGUCUCCCACCUGCACUCUUCUGA